UGCAUGUGUGUGUGCACGCGUAGAAUCGAAAAGUAAAGUAGUGCAAAAACAAGUAUCGAAUGAGCCACAUAAUCCAAAGCGAAAGGGUUUCAUUUGUUCGGUUUUUCGUUUGAAAGUCAGCACAAACCCCCCGCCCCCGCCCGCGCCCCCGCCAACGGGCCCGCUCAAAGACGCUGCCAUAACUUGUACACAUGUAUAAUAUAAAUUAACAAACCGCUCCAUCGUGUUAUCAACGACAUAGAUAAUAACACGCCCAGCGCAGAGCCUGAAAAACUGAAAAGCUGGAAAGCUGAAAAACAGUUACUGUUACAAGCGAAUAAUAAUAACAAGAGUGAGUGCCUUGCCUUUGACCAGCCGGAGACGACGACAACGUUUGAUGUUGUUGGUGGAGACGGUGACAUCAGAGUCUAAUUCUAGCGCGAACAGAUUUCUUUUAAUUCCGUGAACUAGUGGACAACGCACCGUACUCGUACCGCACUCGUUCCGUACUCGUUCUCGUACUCGAAGUCGUAUUCCUAUUCCUCCGGGCGGGCACACUCGUGAAUAGCGAACCCUAAACGAAAUCUUCGAAGAAGAAAAGCUGGCUGCAUGAAAAACAUCACCAGCUCGAGCACUUGCAGCACCGGGCUGCUGCAAUUGCAGAACAACCUGAGCUGCAGCGAGUUGGAAGUUGCCGAGAAGACAGAACAACAGGCAGUUGGACCCGGCACCAUACCAUCACCGUGGACACCAGUGAAUGCCGGUCCUCCAGGCGCACUUGGAUCGGCAGACACAAAUGGCAGCAUGGUGGAUAGCAAAAACCUGGAUGUUGGUGAUAUGAGCGAUGACGAAAAGGACUUGUCCUCCGCUGAUGCCGAAGGUGUAUGGAGCCCAGAUAUCGAGCAGAGCUUUCAAGAGGCUUUAUCUAUAUAUCCGCCGUGCGGACGUAGAAAAAUCAUUUUAUCCGACGAGGGUAAAAUGUACGGUCGCAACGAGCUAAUCGCACGAUAUAUAAAACUGCGCACAGGCAAGACGAGAACCAGGAAGCAAGUCAGUUCGCACAUCCAAGUGCUGGCUCGCCGCAAGCUCCGCGAGAUCCAGGCGAAAAUCAAAGUGGAAACCAAUGGUGUGUCUUUGCAUUUAUUAAAUGAGAAAGAACAAGCGUUGCAGGUCAUGAGCACAAUGACCAGUUCGCAAAUCGUGUCCGCCCAAGCGGCAAACAAUCUGGCAUUGGCUGCCUCGGCAUUAUCGGCAGCAGGUGGUGGUGGUGGCGGCGUCCACCACACCACAAGGCAUCUCAAUCUCAGUCUCCCACCACCCCCCACCCACCAUAGACACUCGUCGGCGGCAGCGGCAGCAGCUGCUGCAGCAGGCGCAGCAGCCGCAGCAGCAGCAGCAGCGGCAGCAGCAAUAGGCAGCCAUGUCCCUUCAGCUGCGUUGGUCCCCGGACCGCCGGCUAUACCGUCUACCACGUCGACGUCGUCGUCCUCUGCAUCACCACGACAGCAACAACAGCAACAGAUGCAGCAGCAACAGCACCACUACCACCACCCAGCCCACGCCCACCACCACCACCACCACCACCACCAUUCCCAUCCCAAUUUGACGCACCUACCGCAUAGUCAUAUGCAUCCACACCAUCACCAGCAUGCGGCAGCCGUUGCAGCGGUAUACCAUCUACAGCAGCAACAGCAGCAGCAACAACAGCAACUGCAGCAGCAGCAGCAGCAGCAGCAGCAGCAGCAGCAGCAGCGGGCAAACCAUACGGACAACGAUCCAGUGGCUCUGGGUACUGGCGGCGGCACUAGUGAGGCGUCGCCAGCACCGUCAGCGCCACCACCUCCUCCGCCGCCGCUGCCCCAUCCGCCGUUGUAUUCUGGCCAAUUCUGGCAACCUGGACUACAGCCAAGCACGUCCCAAGACAUCAAGCCCUUCCCCCAGCCGCCGUAUCCAGCUGGCAAAACGUCGACUGCGGUUUCCGGGGACGAAACUGGAAUUCCGCCCUCACAAUUGCCCUGGGAAGGACGAGCCAUUGCCACGCACAAAUUCCGCCUACUCGAGUUUACGGCGUUCAUGGAAAUCCAGAGAGAUGAAAUUUAUCACCGGCAUCUAUUCGUUCAACUUGGCGGCAAGCCAUCCUUUUCCGAUCCAUUGCUUGAGACUGUUGAUAUACGGCAAAUAUUCGACAAGUUUCCGGAGAAAUCUGGGGGACUCAAAGAUCUCUACGAAAAGGGUCCACAGAAUGCGUUUUACCUAGUUAAAUGCUGGGCGGACCUGAACACCGAUCUAACAACCGGCAGCGAAACGGGUGAUUUCUAUGGCGUAACCAGCCAAUACGAAAGCAACGAGAAUGUCGUGCUCGUGUGCUCCACAAUCGUUUGCUCCUUUGGCAAGCAGGUGGUGGAGAAGGUGGAAAGCGAGUACUCUCGACUGGAGAACAAUCGCUACGUCUAUCGCAUCCAACGCUCCCCCAUGUGCGAGUACAUGAUCAACUUUAUUCAGAAGCUGAAGAACCUACCGGAACGCUAUAUGAUGAACAGUGUGCUGGAAAACUUUACAAUAUUGCAAGUAAUGAGGGCCCGCGAGACGCAGGAGACACUGUUGUGCAUAGCGUAUGUGUUUGAGGUGGCGGCCCAGAACAGCGGCACUACCCACCACAUAUACCGUCUAAUUAAGGAAUAGCAAAAGCUGCAUGGAGCAGAACCCAACCUGUCUGCGAAUCCCAUCAUCAACACACAAGUUCACAAAUAUACCGACAACAACAACAGCAGCAGCAGCAUCAACAAUAAUAGUAUCAUCAAUACGGCUAAGAAUUGCGAUAA